GGCUUCCAAAGCUCGGCCCCUGCUGUGGAGGGAAACUUUGUAUGGCGGCAAUCCGCCGUUCCCCCAAGAUGCUAAGAUAACAUCCUUUACCCAGAUUCCUGGCAGAAAUUUUGAUAUUUGUGCAUCCAUUCUGUUCCCUACGAAUUCAAACAGAACGAGACGGUGCCAGUUUGGGAGUGUCAAGAAGUUCUCGGGCUGUGAUAUGGGCUCGCUUAAUAUGGUCCUGUUGGGGCUUAUCAUGAAGAUCUGAUGCCCGCAUCCUCUGCCUUGCAUAGGGGUGCCAUCGGUUUGAUUCCAUCUGUUCUACGACUGUUGCAUAUUAAGGCUCUCUGCUUGGGUCCCUCUCGCUGCGUCUUUGAGCUGUAUCUUUCUCUCUGGACUCCCUCUUUCUCGCUCUCUUUCUACAGACUCUCCUUGCAAGUAAUCAUGUCGUAUAAUACACUCAUCGGACUUGAUUCGAUACCAACGCCGGAACAAUGGUUGGGAGGAGUCUUCAUCUUGGUCUGCCUUUCCCUAGUCCUGUACGGCAUUGCCGUCGCGCAAGCGUAUUCUUACAUGCUCAACUGCAAGAAUGAUGGGAUGCCGUUGCGGACUGCUGUAUUAGCCACAAUCCUUCUAGAGACUUUCCAGACCGCAUCCCUUCUUCAUUUGGCAUGGGCCUACGCAAUUGCAGGCUUUGGAAACUUCGUAGCGAGUUUGCACAUUCCUUGGAGUGCUGGGGCAAGCAUCAUCUUGGAGGUAGCAAUCGUUUUCCUGGUUCAGGGUUUUUAUCUGCGUCGAAUCUGGAUAUUGAGCAAAAAGUCCAAGCUGCUGACGGGCCUCAUGGGCGUGUUGUUGCUCACACGAGUCGCUUUGGGUUUGGCCACGGGUAUUUGCAUAUGUCUGUCCGGCACAUGGAUUGAAUUUCGUGACGAGGCGCAUUAUUCUACCAUCCUCACAUGCUCCCAUGCGUCAGCUGUAGUGCUCGAUUUGUCGAUGACACUUCUGCUGAUGUUCCAUAUAUACCAAUACAAGACUGGAUUUACAAGAACCGACGACGUCGUCCGUUCAUUGGUAGUCUACGUAGUUCAUACUGGCGCAACCACUACGUUGGUCUCCAUCGCCAUAAUACUCACGUACCAGCUGGUGCAUAACAGCCUCCUGUUCGCAGGGUUCUAUGCCAUACAAAGCAAAUUGUAUGCUAACUCGUUAUUGGGCAUGUUGAAUACAAGAGAUAUGCGCAAGGGCAGAAUGUUUGCCACGGACGCUGUUGAUCUAAGCCAUAGGACUAGCAUUUAUGCAUCACAAAUCAAUCCUCAGGGGAUGCCGAUCGAUAUGCUGUCGGAGACAUGCAUGACAACUGACUUGAGCGAUGGAAGUCAAACGAAGAAACCUCAGGGUCAGCUCGUAUUUGCGUAGAGUUCUGUUUGUCUUUUCUCCUGAUGAGAUGGGUGGAUGGAGUGUAUUUAAUGCCUCAGUCCGGCUCAUACCUUUUGGGUCGUUAACAUUGGGACUGAAGAAGUCGAGACGCCUUGUAAUUGCGCCUGCGUCCUUAUAUGUAACGAAGCCCCCGGUUGAUGUAUAUGCGUUUCUCUCAAUAGGGUUGGAGAGGUCUGACCUUCUGACCUCAAAUCCCAUGAUAGUU